GACGGGUCCGAGCAAGAACUUCUGGCUGUGGGGCAACUGGGGCAAGCGUGCGAUCAAGCAGCCGUUCCUGACGGAGAAGAUCCACGGGCGCAUCCGUGACAUCGUCCUUGGCAGCGGUUUCAUCAUUGCGCUCAAGGAGGAUGGAACAUUGGUGUCCUGGGGUGAG